UAAUCUCUAUGUUUCUCUCUCUGCAAUUACUCUUUGAGAGCAUCUUUCUCUGCAAUUACUCUUUGAGAGCAUCUCUCUCUGCAAUUACUCUUUGAGAGCAUCUCUCUCUAGAAUAUCGAGUAUUGCUGACUUGAGCAUCAGAGUAUUUUCUCCGAAAAAACAUCCUCGGGAUUUUCAAGUGUAGAAGUAGAUAAAGACCUCAACAGUGUUGGAUCGUGAAGCUGCCCAAACAUUUGGCGCCGUCUGUGGGAACUUGAACAAGAAGUUGUGUAGCUUAACCGGUUGAAAUACAAAAUGGUUCGUACAUUUACUGGAAGUUGCCCUCCAAAAAAUGAAAUGGACGAACAGGAUGACACACAACUAUCUGAGCUCAGCUUGAAUGAUUUUAGGCCAAUCCCAAGAAAUCUUUUCGUUGGAGGAGUAGAACAAGAGCAACUUAGCAGAACAGAUGGUGAUGAAGAACACCAACUAGAACCUGCUCGGACAACCGAGCUCGAAGAGAGAACCAGAGUUCUCGAAAUGGCAAUGGGUAAAAUCCUUGCUCGCUUGAUCCCGGAUGACCCCCUGAUUCCUUUGUUGAAUAGGGAUGCACAGCCAGCUGUGGUUGUUGCAACUUGAAACUCCCUCGUUCUAAGCAAUAUAGUAGUGCCGACCAAACCAAGGGGAAGUGGGAAGUUAAAUAAUGAGCCUAGCUCGUCUAAACACAGUGAAGAACUGAUGAGAAAGAAUACAGACCUUGAAAGGUA